AUUUCAGCAGAGAACCGCACCGUUUGAAAGAGAGACUAAACAGAGAAAUGGCGCGAGCUCUGUUUCACUUGAAGAGCGCAAGCGUGAUGGCUUGCGCUAAACAGAGCAAUCAUGAUAAUAGCAGAGUUCAACUUCUCGAGAAGAACCGGAACGCGAAGGUUUUGGUACUUGGAGGAACGGGUCGGGUUGGCGGGUCCACUGCCAUUGCUCUCUCCAAGCUCUGCCCUGACCUUCGAAUUGUGAUUGGUGGUCGAAACAGGGAAAAAGGAGCUGCCAUGGUGGCUAAACUGGGGAAGAAUUCCGAUUUCGUUGAAGUCAAUAUUGACAAUGUAGACUCACUAGAAGCGGCUUUAAGUGAUGUGGAUCUUGUGGUUCAUGCUGCAGGACCUUUUCAACAGGCAGAGAAAUGUAGUGUACUUGAAGCUGCCAUAGAGACCAAGACAGCAUAUGUUGAUGUUUGUGAUGACACAAACUAUGCACUACGUGCGAAAUCCUUCAAGGAUAGAGCUUUAGCUGCUGAUAUUCCUGCUAUAACAACUGGUGGAAUCUAUCCUGGAGUUAGCAAUGUGAUGGCUGCAGAGCUAGUUCGUGCUGCUAGAACUGAAAGCAAGGGGAAGCCAGACAGGCUGAGGUUCUAUUACUACACAGCAGGGACGGGUGGUGCUGGUCCAACCAUAUUAGCCACUAGUUUCUUGCUUCUUGGUGAGGAGGUUGUUGCAUAUAAUAAAGGAGAAAAAAUCAAAUUAAAGCCUUUUAGUGGAAUGCUCAACAUUGAUUUCGGAAAAGGGAUUGGAAAAAGAGAUGUUUAUCUGUUGAAUUUGCCAGAGGUACGAAGUGCUUACGAGGUUCUAGGAAUACCAACUGUCAGUGCUCGAUUUGGAACUGCACCAUUUUUCUGGAAUUGGGGAAUGGAAGUCAUGACAAAUCUUCUUCCCCCAGAAUUUCUAAGGGACAGAAGCAAAGUCCAAGAGUUGGUUCAAUUGUUCGACCCUCUAGUCCGAGCAGUUGAUGGGAUUGCUGGAGAGCGUGUAUCAAUGAGGGUUGAUUUGGAGUGUACUGAUGGCCGCAAUACAGUUGCCAUAUUUACUCACCAGAGACUCUCUGUAUCUGUAGGAAAUGCGACAGCUGCUUUUGUUCUUGCAGUACUUGAGGGAAGCACACAGCCCGGUGUCUGGUUUCCAGAAGAGCCUGAAGGAAUUAUAAUUGACGCGAGGGAAGUUCUUCUCCAACGGGCUGCAGAAGGAACAAUCAAUUUCGUAAUUAAUAAGCCACCUUGGAUGGUGGAAACAGAACCGAAAUUGCUUGGAUUAGGAAUAUAUGUGUGAGAAUUCUCUAAAACGUACCAAGUUACUUGAAGUUUUUCUUCGACUUCAUUGCUGGACUGGACAUGCUUAUAAGGUAAAAUUCCAGGAUAUAUUUGAUGCUUCUUUGUUCAAGUAAUUUGAGCAAGCUGACAUGUCAGUUUCAUGUAUUGUACAAAUCAGGGUCCCGAAAGGACAGAUUCACGAGUGUCCCAAUUACACUGUACAAAAGAGAUUGUUCCUUUGUGCUAAUUUAAUUGAAUUACUUACUCUCCUCUGUAUAAGCAAUUCCAAAUUUUCAGCCUCCUAAGUAAUUUGUUGAGUACAUUAUAAUUUUUGCCAUUUAAUCAUUUAUAUUGUAC